CGACAGCUCUCGAUCCAUCCCUUCCUUCCCCUUCACUUUCUCCUCCUCGUGAAGCGAGCUCCCCCCUGUCCCUGCGAUUCCCAUUCCGUUUCCAUCCCGUCCCGGCCGGAACGGCUUCAAAACGGCCGCGGCGCAGAUCCACACGCACAGGCAGGCAGGCAGGCAGACGGACAGGACCGCCGCCGCAGUUUUCAAAUCCCGGGGCGGAUUUCCUUCCCUGCACCUGCAGAGAGAGAGAGAGAGAGAGAGACGGGGCCCAGCAAUAGCACCACCGGGAUCUCGCCUUCUCGUCGUCCGUCCACCUGUGGCGCCGGUGACCGAAGGGUGAGGGCGCUAGCUAGAGCCUAGAGGCUAGAGCCAUGUGGAACAGCAUCUACCGGUUCUUGUGCGGCCUGUGCGCGCCGUCGUCGUCGGAGCACGGGCUCCACGGCGCGCACCCCGUCGCCGCGCUCGGCCGCGACAUCCUCAGCUUCCAGAGCACCUCGCAGGUUCCGGACGAGCUGAGCCGGCACGUCGUCUCCUCCAAGAAAGCGCAGGCGAAUUGGUACAAGAAGCUGCUGGUGGCAUGGAAGAAAGCCCGGCCGCCUCCGAAGACGCCCGAGGAAGCUGCGGCCUUCGUUGUGCAGACGCUCAAGAACCAUCAGAAAGCAGAUGUGGAGGGCCUGCUGUCUUUCUACGGCCUGCCGCAUCCGAACGCGGCAGCAGGCACACCCGCUGCUCCGCCGCCGCCCAAGAAGCCCCAGGGCGCCAAGUUCGAGCUGCACACGCUCCCCAUUGAUCCCAAGUCUGUGGCCGACGGCGACACCGUCAACGUGUACGUCGACACGGCGGACCCCCGGGAGGCCGGCAGCGUGCCCCGCGAGGUGCAGAAGGCUGCGGCGGAGCGGGCCAAGGCGCGGGCCGCCAAGAACUACCAGAAGGCCGACGCGCUGCAGAAGAUCAUAGUCGACGCAGGAUACAGGCCGGUUCCUAACGCGAGAGGCGAGGAGGUGCUAGCGAAGAAGUACAGGAUCAGGCUGAGGGGGAUCGAUGCGCCCGAGAGCGCGAUGCCGUAUGGCAAGGAGGCCAAAGAGGCGCUGCUCAAACUUGUCCAGGGGAAGAGCUUGAAGGUCUACGUGUACGACGAGGACCGGUAUGGUAGAUGCGUCGGAGACAUCUACUGCGACGGCGUAUUUGUGCAGGAGCAAAUGCUGAAGAAAGGUUUUGCCUGGCACUACACCGCCUAUGAUCAACGCCCAGAGCUGGCCAAGUGGGAGAAACAAGCACAGACUGGGCGGAAGGGCUUGUGGGCGUCGUCGAAGCCACAGAAACCAUGGGAGUGGAGGAAGGACAAGCGCAACGGGACAGCAUGAGCAGACCCCCGAGACUUUUUAGGGUGGUAUAUCGAUAUUUCGGGGCUCAGUGGCGGCGUAGUAUGAUUGUGUGUGUACACUAGACGAUUCCUUAAAGUUACAGGGCUGUGAAUCAGGAGGGUAGAGAUUGGUGUAUCGCACAGUUGUAUCAAAUGCAUUGUAGCACCAUUUAUACUGCUGUAAAGCAGAGUAACUGAGCCUGUGAAAUGUGUUGUAUGCAAAGCCACUUCUGACGGUGGGAGCUGUUCAAUGCAGCCGAGCAAAGUUUGCAAUCAAAAUUUGACACCGUAGCUAAA